GGGAUCUUCCAGCGGGCAGUGAUGGGGGGGUGGGGCGGUCUGCCGCUGCUGCUGCUGCUGCUGCUGCUGGGCGGCUGGUGCUGGUCCCGGUGCCGGGCUGAGGAAGAGGUUCUGAUGAACACCAAGCUGGAGACGUCGGACCUGCGCUGGACCAACCACCCUGCAGACGACCAGCAGUGGGAGGAGCUUAGCGGCCUGGACGAGGACUCCAACAGCGUGCGCACCUUCCAGAUCUGCACCCCCGACAGCCCGUCGUCCUAUUGGCUGCGGACGCGCUGGAUCCCCCGCGGCGCCGCCACCACGCUCUUCGUGGAGAUCCGGUUCACCAUGAUGGAGUGCGCCGCCAUCAACCAGCGCCACUGCAAGGAGACCUUCAACGUCUACAGCUACCAGAGCGACGCCGACGAGGCCACGCCCACCCACCCCGCCUGGAUGGAGAACCCCUACACCAAGGCCGCCGCCGUGGCCGCCGACCACCUGCUGCGGCGCGGCGGCGAGCGGCGCUCCAACGUCAAGCUGCUGCGGCUGGAGGGGCUGCGGGGGGCGGGGCUCUACCUGGCCUUCCAGAGCCAGGGCACCUGCAUGGCGCUGCUCGCCGUGCGCGUCUUCUUCAGGAAGUGCCCGGCCGUCCGCCGCGCCUUCGCCGCCUUCCCCGAGACCGUGCCGCACUCGCUGGUGGAGCAGGCCCAGGGCGUGUGCGUGGAGAACGCCGUCACGCCGCCCGGCGAGAACGCCCGGCUUCCCAGCAUGCUGUGUGGCGAGGACGGCCAGUGGGUGGGGCAGCCCACGUCCAGCUGCGCCUGCCGGCCCGGCUACGAGGCGGGGGACAGCGAGGUGCGCUGCCGAGCGUGUCCGUCGGGUCACUUCAAGGUGGAACCAGGAAGUGGAGGCUGCACUUCCUGUCCAGACAGGAGCCACACCCGGAUCCCAGGCUCCGCCUACUGCCCCUGUCUCCCGGGUUACGACCGGGCCGACUCCGACCCGCCGCACGCCGCCUGCACACGCCCCCCCUCGCCCCCCCGCCACCCCGUCUACCAGCUCAACGACACCACGGUGACCCUGGAGUGGAGGGAACCGCUGGAGCGAGGAGGACGGGCGGACCUCAGCUACACGCUGCUCUGCUACGACUGCGGCGCCACCGGCGCUGCUCAGGGAUUGGCCGGCUCCUGCGCCCCCUGUGGCGACGCCGUCCUGUACCGCCCCUCCCAGUCGGGCCUCUCUCAGCCCCGCGUCGUCGUCUGGGGGCUCCGCCCACAGGCCCGCUACCUGUUCACCAUCCAAUCACUGAACGGCGUGUCUGCAGUCAGCCAAUCAGAGCCAGCCUCCGUCAGCAUCAACGUCACCACCAGCAGAGACGUCCCUCCCCCAGUCUCAGGUGUGAAGCGGGCGGCGGCGUCAGAGAGCAGCCUGUCCCUGAAGUGGACCGCCCCGGUUCUGCAGAACCAGCAGCAGGUUCUGGAGUACCAGCUGCGGUACCGGCGGGCCGACGACGGCGACGCUCCGUGGGAGUACCUGCCCAGCGAGGGCGCCUCCGCGGUUCUGAGCGGCCUGCAGCGGGCCACCCGGUACCAGGUGCAGGUCCGGGCCCGGUCCCAGGCCGGGUACGGCCCGUUCAGCGCCGCCAGCGCCGUCAGCACGCUGCCCGACGGUGCCGCCCGCUCCCAGCUGGUGCUCACCGCCGUCCUGGUCUCCGUGACGAUGCUGCUGCUGGUCGCCGCGGUGACGGCCGGAUCCAUCUGGUACCGGAGGAGGCGGCGCCGCUCGGCCCGCGUUGAUAAGGCUGGACACUACGCCAUGGGUCAGACCAUGAAGGUCUACAUCGACCCGUUCACCUACGAGGACCCCAACGAGGCCGUCAGGGAGUUCGCCAAGGAGAUAGACGCCUCCUUCGUCAAGAUAGAGGAGGUGAUCGGAGCAGGUGAGUUCGGAGAGGUGUGUCGCGGCCGGCUGAGGGUCCCCGGCCGUAAGGAGAACUACGUGGCCAUCAAGACCCUGAAGGGCGGCUACACGGACAAGCAGAGGCGGGACUUCCUGUCCGAGGCGUCCAUCAUGGGACAGUUCCAGCACCCCAACAUCAUCCACCUGGAGGGCGUGAUCACCACGUCCUGUCCCGUCAUGAUCCUCACCGAGUUCAUGGAGAACGGAGCGCUGGACAGCUUCCUGAGGCUGAACGACGGUCAGUUCACCACCAUCCAGCUGGUGGGGAUGCUUCGUGGAAUCGCUGCAGGCAUGAAGUAUCUGUCAGAGAUGAGCUUCGUCCACCGAGACCUCGCUGCUCGCAACAUCCUGGUCAACUCCAACCUGGUCUGUAAGGUGUCAGACUUUGGUCUCAGCAGGUUUCUGACGGAGAACUCCUCUGACCCGACGUACACCAGUUCCCUGGGGGGGAAGAUUCCCAUCAGGUGGACGGCUCCUGAGGCCAUCGCCUACAGGAAGUUCACCUCCGCCAGCGACGCGUGGAGCUACGGCAUCGUCAUGUGGGAAGUGAUGUCAUACGGCGAGCGGCCGUACUGGGACAUGAGCAACCAGGAUGUGAUAAACGCCAUCGAGCAGGACUACCGCCUGCCUCCGCCGCCCGACUGCCCCGCCUCGCUGCACGCGCUCAUGCUGGACUGCUGGCAGAAGGAGCGGGCCAACCGGCCCCGGUUCUGUGACAUCGUGGGCGGGCUGGACCGGCUGAUCCGAAACCCCGUCUCCCUGAAGGUGAUGCACCCGGAGCUGUCCAGUCCGUCCCAGCACCUGCUGGACCAGCGGGUCCCGCCUCCUCUGUCGGCCUGUGGUUCCGUCUCCGAGUGGCUCCGGGCCAUCAAGAUGGAGCGCUACGAGCAGAACUUCCUGCAGGCCGGGUUCAGCAGCCUGGACGUCGUGGCCCAGCUCAACACAGAAGACCUGCUCAGGGUGGGCGUCACCCUCGCUGGCCACCAGAAGAAGAUCCUCUCCUCCAUCCAGACGCUCAGGAUACACAAAGCCACGCCCACUCUGCUUUACUGACCAAUCACAGCGCUGAACCGGACCCCAGAGGUUCUGGAAGCUCAGGGGCUGCCAGACUCCGCCCACCUGCCUAUUACAACCAAUCAAAGCCAAGGACCACCUUCAGUUGCCUCAUUGGUCAGCACUCAGGAAUUUUUCAGCCAAUCAGCGCCUCAGGAAAAAGGUCCCGCCCACCUGGACCUGAAUGGAUGCGAUCGGCCAAUCAGCAGCCAGCACAACGGUGACUCCUCCUCUGGUUGGACACUGCAGGAUCUAUGCUCCAAAUAAGGCACUUGUGAUGUCACUAAGCCCCGCCCCCUGCAUGGACGCAGGGUUCUGAUUGGCUCCUCCUGGUUCUGAACACAGAGCUGGACAGAACCGUUUCUGGAUCGGCUGCUGGUCCAAACCGCUGCUGAGGCUCUACAGAACCAUCAGAGUGAGACCUCCUCACGGUGGAUCUUUGUCAGGAAUGUUCUGGAUCAUCGGAUCCUUCUUCAGGAAACCACCAGGGUUCUCCAGGAGAACGUCAGAACAUCUGCUGGGUUCCUGCUGGUGUUCUGGAGGUUCCUCCCUGAUUGGUGGACAUGUCUGGUACCAGUACCGUUCUCUGAGGGGUUAACAGAACCUGACCCAUCUCAGGUUACUGUGGGAAUCCUUUGGACCUCGUCUUCAGAACCAGCAGCUGAUUGGAUCCUAGAAGUUCUCCUGAAGGAUCUAUAGAUCAUCUUUAAAGGAACUGGAUCUGUUCUCAUGAGCGUAAUCACCAGGAAAGG